AUGACGCCGGGUGACUGCUGCCACCGCCCCGGCUCCCUGUGCGACUGCCCGGGAAGCGCCGCGCUCUCCAAGUCGGUGGAGGACUCGGACAUCGGCCGCCCGCAGUACGUCACGCAGGUCACCGCCAAGGACGGGCGGCUCCUCUCGACGGUGAUCAAGGCGCUGGGCGCCCAGAG